AUGCUAGGAGUAUCCCGUUCCACACAAGUAAGGGAUGGGAUCCGAAGCUCCGAUCUGCGUCAACGAUCAAAAAUCAAAGAUGCCGUUCUGUACGCCAAGCAGUCAAAGAUAAGUUGGGCCGGACACGUAAUGCGUAUGAAUGACAACCGAUGGACAAGAGCCGUUGGUGACUGGAUUCCUCGGGAUGUCAAACGUACUGCAGGAAGACCACUGACUCGAUGGUCAGAGUUCUUCGCGAAAAGCAUAGAAGAAAGAUAUGAAGCUUGA